AUGCCCACGCCCGGGAGCGCAAACUUCCUAACCGGGGAGCGCAAAGUUAAGGCCACGCCCCCCGCGGCGCUCGGAGGGCGCACGUUGCCGCAGGACUACCCGCCCGGCGCGCUGCUGCAGCCCGCGCCGCCUGCCGCAGCAUCCUGCGCGGCGCCCGGGCCGCAGCCGCCGCCCCCUCCGCCGCAGAGCCUGGCCUUCCUCGCCCAGCCGCCGGCGCCGCCGCAGCCCCUGGGCCCGGCGGGCGCGCAGAGGAAGAAGAAGAGCGGCUUCCAGAUCACCAGCGUGACCCCCGCGCAGAUCUCGGCCAGCCUGAGCUCCAACAACAGCGUGGCCGAGGACACGGAGAGCUACGACGACCUGGACGAGUCGCACACCGAGGACCUCUCCUCCUCCGAGAUCCUGGACGCCUCCCUGUCGCGGGCCACGGACCUGGGCGAGCCCGAGCGCAGCUCCUCCGAGGAGACGCUGAGCAACUUCCAGGAGGCCGAGAGCCCGGGGGCCGUCUCCCCCAACCAGCCCCGGCCCCUGCCGCCCCCGCAGCACCCUCCCGGGCCGCACCCCGCCCAGCCGCCAGGCGCCGCGGUCAACGGCGGCUUCCACCCGCCCCACGGACAUCCCUUCCACCCCCACUACCAUGGCCAGCACCACGCCCCCCACGCCGGGCCCCCGGCCAGCCCGUCCUUCCGCAGGCUCUCCGCCCCUGGCAGCCCCGACAGCCUCGCUGCCGUCCCCGCCGGGCCCUCCUCUGCCGCACCGCCCUUCCGCCCUGUUAGCAGCGCCCCUGGGGUCCCCUCUGCCCGGGGCGUUGCGGCGAGCGGCGUGGGGAGUGGCCCUGCCGGCCAUGCCGCCAAAACCCUGGGGAGCAUCCCGGGCACGGCUGGGCCAGCCCCCCUGCCGGGAAUGGGCAGUGGCACCGGAGCCCUCGGUGGGCUCGGGAGCGGCACAGGAGCAUCCUCCGGGCUGGCCAGCAGUGCUGGCAACGCGGCCGUGGCAGCGCCUUCGAGCCACCUGCAGCCCACGGCCGGCACCUCUAGGUUCAGGGUUGUGAAGCUGGACUGCAGUUCGGAGCCGUUCCGGAAGGGCAGGUGGACCUGCACCGAGUUCUACGACAAGGAUCCCCCGGCCGUGCCGACAGACGGCGUGGCAGUGAACAGAGCCGUGGACGCGCUGAAGCAGGCCCCCCACGAGCCCGUAUCCGAGAGGGAGAGCAACAGCGGGAGCUCCGUGAGCAGCAGCAUCAGCACCCCGAGCCACUAUGCGGAGAGUGCGGGAAGCGGGGAGGGGGCAGCGCCCGCCCUGGGGCCCCCGCAGAUGGAUCCGGGUGCCGCCGGGCCUCUGCCGGCCCCGGCCCCGGGCGUGCCCCAGAGCAUUUCUCAGCCGCAGCUAGCACAAGGCCCGCUGCACCUGCAGGAGGCCGGCUACCCUUCGCAGAAGCCGGGAGCCCAGGCUGCCGCCUCUGCCGUUCCUCCGCCGGUGAGCCUGGGCGCGGGCCCCCCGGCACCGGGCCUGGCGACUGUGCUGCCCCCACAGCUGCCCUUCGCCCCAGUGCCGCCGCCACCCGUGCAGAUGGCCCCAGUGCCGCCGCAGGCCUUGCCGUACGGGCCAGGGCAGGGGCAGCACGCAGUGGCCCCCUCGCAGCAGGGCCCCGGGCCGACGGCCCCGGGGCACGCCAAGCCCGUCGGCCAGAGCUCCGUCACGGGGCCGGGGCCGGACUGCCUGCCGCCAACGCUUCAUGGGCCGGCUGCGCUGGCGACGGGCCCCACCGGGGCGGGGGGCGGUGAGCCGGGGCACGUGACCCAAGGGCAGAGCAUGCAGCCUUCCGUACAGGCACAGCUGGUGGCGGCCCCCUCCCUGCCCCUCGCGGCCGUGGCGCCCGGCACGGCGGUGCUGAGCAUGGGCCAGCAAGGAGGUGCCGCUCCCAUGGGGCAGCCGCCCCCCACGCCAGGCCCAUUGGCCCCUCCGGUGAUGGUGCAGAGCGCUGGCCCAUCCCCCUCCCAGGGGGCGCCCCCCACGGCCCCGGGGAUGGUCCCCCCGGGGCCCCCGAGCGGGGCAGCCGGCCUCCCGCAGCCCCUGGCGAUUGUGCCGCAGAGCUCCUUGCUGCCCGGCCAAGCGGCAGAACCCCUCGUCCAGGCCAUGGCUGGCCAGCAGCUGCCCCCUGUCAGCCCCGUGCCUGCUGUGAGCGCUGCCCCCGUCCCCGGACAUUCUGCUGCCAGCGUGCCCCCCGCUCCGAUGAGCCUGGCCCCCUCCAAGAGCACAGCGCCCUCAUCCGGAGCGCAGAACGGGAGCUUGGUCCAGAGCGCGCCCCAGCCGGCCCCGACGGCCGCCCCGAGCGUGGCCCAGCAGGGCCUGCCGAACUCUGCCCCGCUCUCCAUGCAGGCCCUGGCCCAGCCAGCCUCGGCCCGGGGCGAAGACGCCAGGCGUGCGACAGAGCCCACCGUGAUCAGCCUGCCCCCGUCGGCCGGGAGCGAAAGCGGUGCCGGAGCAUCUUCGGGCGGCCUCAGCGUGGCCCCUUCCCUCCUGCCCCUGAAGGCACUCCCGCUGACCGCGCAGCUGGUGGAUGGCGAGGAUGAGAGGCUCAAGCUGCCCACGCUCUGUACUUGGGUGGAAGUCACAUUGCAGGAGCCUGCUAAUUUCCCAUAAAGCAACAGACUGGGGGAAAUUCAGAACAUGGCUCUCUGAAAGGGCUACUGUCUGCCGAGACCUGAGAAACUGGAAGAAACUGAUGGAGAAGAAGUAGAUGAGAGGAAAACCAGUUCCACAGGCAGAGAAAUGCUCAGCAUCCUCUUAGCUUUGGCCCUUUGAAAUGGCCAACACACUGACCCGUGAAACUUGGCCUUCGGAUGCAUCAGUUUGUCAUUUUAACUUCUAGUUUUGACUCUGUUAGUUAUGAAUGUUGCCCAGGUGAAACCGAAUUUAGAACUGAUUUCAAGAUUUGACUGCAAGGAUAGAUUUAAAGAUUUGUGUUCUAGAGCUGACCAUAAAGACUUCAUAGUCCAUUA